AUGGUGAAUCCGGAAUUCGCACUAAUGACUAAUCGCACUCAUAUUUAUACUAGUAAUCUGUGAAUCGCACUUUGCAUGUGAUAAUUUGUGAAUUCAAAUGUGAAUUGAAUUAUUGCAAACUUGCAUCUCCACCCAAACAGGAUUUAAACUACGUUACAAUUACACCUGUGAUUACAAAUAUUGAGAGAGCAGUGUUGAGGAUAACAAGGUUUAAGAUUCAUUAAUAGACAAUAAAAUAUUUACAUUCACGUUUCAGAAAUCCAUAGAGAGGAACAGCAAGUAGCAGCGAGAUAUUUGGCGGAGGCGCUGAAUAUCACCAAACCAAUAUGUAUUUUUAUUAAUUUAAAAUCAUAUGAUAUUGAAACGGUCAAGGCCUGCAGAGAUAUUAUUCUUGACCUGAAGGGAGAUUCAUAGUUAUAAGAUGACAGAAAUCUCGAAAAAAUUUAAGGCUACUAUCCAAUAUUAUGGUCAGCUAGUGAUAGGUCCUCCUGGAGCGGGUAAAACUACUUACUGCCAUGAAAUGUCAAAACUGCUCAAAAAACUUGGUAGAAAAAUUAUCAUUGUCAAUUUAGAUCCCGCUAAUGAUAAUGUUAAUUACGAGGCCGAUAUAGAUAUAAGAGAGCUUAUAAAGCUGGAAGAAAUCAUGGAACAGCACCAACUGGGACCUAAUGGAGCUCUUAUUUAUUGCAUUGAGUAUCUGGAAAAAAAUGUUGAUUGGCUCUUAAACCAAAUACAGAGUGACCAAUAUACUAAUUACAUAUUCGAUCUGCCCGGGCAAGUGGAACUGUACAGCCAUCACAAUGCACUCAAUAAUAUAUUUUCAAAACUAGCUUCUGAAGGACAUCUGCAGUUAUGUGUCGUCCACCUGAUAGAUUCUCAUCACUGUGCCGAUGCUGGAAAAUUCAUAGCAGCCUUGAUCCUCUCCUUGAGUGCUAUGUUAAAAUUGGGCUUACCGCAUAUUAACCUCUUGACUAAAAUGGAUUUAUUAAAAAAACAUUCAGACAAGUUACAGUUUGGUAUAGAUUUCUAUACAGAAGUUUUAGACCUCAAUUAUCUACUUGAUAGUUUGGAUAAUGAUGCAAUCACUAGCAAGUACAAAAAACUUCAUCAUGCCCUAGUGUCUGUUAUUGAAGAUUACAGUCUUGUUUCUUUUCAACUGAUGUCGAAGAAUAAAUCCGCUCUGUAUGUCAAGCUUUUGGAAGAAGAAAACAGGAUUGACACUUUACUAUCUAGUGAUAAUAAUAAAUUUAUACAAGUUCAACUUUUGCACUAUUACAAUGAUAUCAAAGAUGCAACUCAAAUCGUCAUCAACCACAUUGCCAACAUAGAAGACACAUCUAUAUCUGAAAUUCACAAACGGUUAAAUCUAAGUGAUUGAAAUAAAACACUUUUU